AUGUCCCUGUCCAUGUCAGGCCUAGCUGCUCAUGGCGACUUCGCCGCGAUCCCGGUCCUCGACCUCUCGCUCGCAGAUGACGGUUCUACAUUGCCAGGUUUCCUGCGUGACUUACGAACCUCGCUGACGCAGGUGGGAUUCCUCUACAUCUCCAACCAUGGCGUGCCGCAAUCGACCAUUACCCAACUGACGGACAUUCUUCCCCGGCUCUUUUCCCUUCCCAACGCGGCCAAGGAGGAUAUUGCCCUUGAAAACUCACCACACUUUCUCGGGUACAGCGGUGCAGGGUCCGAGACAACAGCCGGCGGCGUAGACUGGAGGGAGCAGGUUGAAUUUGGGACUGAGCUGACAAAGAUUUGGCAAGCUGGCUCUCCUCUAUAUGAGCGACUACGCGGCCCCAACCAGUGGCCACGAGAGCUCCCGGAACUGCAACCCAUCGUGCAUAACUACAUGCAGGCCAUGGCCAAGCUCGGCCAGAGAUUUCUUGGACUAGUGGCGACAGCACUGGAGCUUCCCGAGAGCGCCUUCCUGCCGUUUCUCUCCGACCAACAUCGCCUGAAGCUUCUUCACUACCCGGAAGCGUCCGAAUCUGCCCAUUCGAGCCAGGGUGUUGGUCCCCACAAGGAUUCCUCCGGUUGGUGGACAUUCCUGCUCCAGGCGUCGCCACCGGAAGUCCAGGGGCUUCAAGCGCUCAACAAGAAUGGCGAGUGGAUCGACAUCCCGAACAUCCCAGGGACCUUUGUGGUGAACAUCGGCCAGGCAUUCGAAGUGGUGACCCACGGGGUGUGCAAGGCGACCACGCAUCGAGUCCUGUCGAGUGCCAAUGAGCGAUUCAGUGUUCCCUUCUUCCAGGGUGUGCGCCGCGACUUGACCAAGACAGAGGCGUUGGAGACUCUAGCGCACCAUUUUCGUCAAUCUGGGCCUAGCAGUGAAUCGGCAGAGGGUCAUUCUAUUGAUUCGGCCUUCCUGAAGGGCCAGUACGAUACAUGGGGCGAAACACAACUGAGGACCAAGGUCCGCAGUCAUCGCAAGAAUGGGCGGAAGUUCUAUCCUGAGGUUUACGACAAAUACGUCAAUGAUGACACUUGA